AAAUUUGGUAUCAGACGCGUAGGUUACGCAAUGGCACCGAAACCAGAUCCCACUGUUCUUCCUGAUCUUCAGGAGAAAAAGGCGAUCCUGGGAACCCAGAUCGAAAUGAUAACCCAAGCCAUGACAACACUGGAGUCUCGUGUGACAGAUCUGCAGCAAGAAAGCAACGACCAUAGGACUUGGGUCAGGGAAGCUCUAGACAAGUUGUUGAAGAGGGAUUUGGGAGAUGAAAACAGGCCGAAACCCACUACCAACAAGAUGAUAGCAACAGGCGAGCAGCACAAGGGAGAGGUCUCGACGAGCCUCUUCCACGAUUAACGGUUCCUCCGAGACAAGCUCCCAACGGAAAGAGCUCACUUAGGCUUGAUAGCUUUGAUGUGAGCGUUUGUCCAAUUCAAAGAUUCUAAGCUCUCACAGCACUGAUUUCCGAUGGAAACUACAGACCUUCAUCACAGAGAAACUUCCAGGAAGAUGGAGGGUUCUCGUACUCGCUUGGCGGGGAUGAAGUAAACCCUCUUUCUGAGC